GCUGGUCGGAGAUUUCAGAAAGGUCUGUUGGUUGGCUGGUUGUGGUGGUAGCGUCUCUCUCUCUCCAGGGCGUCCUAUCCUGUUGUCCCGGCUUCAUACCAACAGAGUUGGACCUCGAUAGUUAAUUGCGUACAACCAUCCCGAUGGUAACAGGCGACAUGAACUGCUUGCUCGUGAUCAGCUUACUAUGUUGUGCAUCCGCCAUCUUGGCCGACCAACUUCCGUAUCCCCUUCAAUUGUUUUAUUUAACCCCUAACAACGUGGGGUUAAUACCACCAUAUCAGACACCUAGCCGCUAUAUGGCUGUAGAGAAGACGGCGAUGAGAGAUGAAAAGUUAUCUGAGAUCCUCGCGAAACAGAGUCAAGGGAACGAGGAGGUGGCCGAAGGGGAGGCCUCGCAGUUCCACUCGCAGGACAGCAGGGGUCGGGCCCUCUUUGGCUACACGACACCUGACCAGGCCCGAAUUGAGUCUCGAAGUGAGGACGGCACCGUCAGAGGCUCCUACAGCUAUCUGGACGCAUGGGGGAACGCUGUCAAGGUACAGUACUGGGACGAUGGCACAGGCUUCCACGCUGCCGGAAACAAUCUUCCUGGCGUAUAUUCAGAGAUGCCCCAAGUGGUUCAAGACACACCCGAAGUGAUGGCAGCGAAGAAACAGCAUUUUCAGUUAUUCCAACAAGCACUUGCAGCUGCUGUUACUAACACAGACAAAACGGAUCCCAGCAACAACCAUAAGCCUCAGCAGGCACCUUCAGAGGAGGUCCACAAUCACGAAGGAGUGGUAGUCGAAAGUGAUGAUCCCAGUACUGUUCCCCCCGACGAUUUGAAAGAACUGACACGAUAUCCUCUUCUUCAUAUGUUUCCUCAAAACCUGUUCGAUCCCACGCACGUCCACGACGCUAGCAGAGAGGCUGUUAUUGUGGAUAACCCAGAUAUUUCCUCAGACACAUCUGGGAACAGUCUUAGAGCUGCGAAGACUCUUGAAGUUGAAUCUGGGGAAGGGAGUUCUGGAGUCACAAGUGAUGUGACACCACCUCAAGUACCUGGUGGAUUCUUUUAUAGUUUUAGAUAUCCUGUCCCUUUGUAUGUGCAGGUUAGGACUAUGGAAGAAGACAAGAAAUAUGGUGACAUAAAGAAAGAGGCAGUGACUGUCAAAGAUGGUUCAUCGGUGUCACAUAAAGCUGUUCCAGCUCAUUUGAAAGGCUCAGUCAAAAACUACCAAGUUAUGCCCUUGUAUAUCGAGACAUCCGAGUCGAUAAAGUGA